AUGUCGAAAGGCAAAAAGCCCAAGAACAAGCCACGUCCGCCUCCAGCGCCGGGAUCAAGACAUGAAACGCCACAACACGAGGAGCUAGACCUAGCUAACCUGCCUCCUCUCCCAUCCAGUCCCGCCACCACCACCCGUCCUGAAGGCAACCGCAAGGCUGGCCAAGACCCCGUGGGCGAUGCUACCGGCCAGGCCGGCGAGCUUGCCGACGGCCUUACCAGCGGUCUCCAAAUCCCCGGAAAGACCCAGGGCGGCGACGAGAAGGAUGGCAGCUUGCGCAUCAAGAUUCACCUGAAUCUGCACGCGAAGGUCCGCCUGGACCUGGAUGCCCAGAUCUACGGUGACAUCGUGAUCGGUCUGCUUUAA